AUGUCCACCGAUCGCAGGCAAUCCGGCCUGUGGAAUCGCAACCCGGAAACAGGCUUCUUCGAGCAGGCCGCGCCCAUACCUACCGCGCGCAUACAGGCCAACCAAAGUUAUGGCCUCAACAAAGGUCCCUACCCAUACUACGAACCUCCCGCGCUACCUCGCGGCUCCGGCGAUGAGAAUCGAAGGUCCUUCUCCAAUCCGACCACCAAGACGAAUGGCGAGCCUCUUGUGCCGACUACCAAUGGAGCAGGGGGAUCAGCCUCGAAGAAGCACCGUGAGGCAGCGAUAGUUGGCGCCGAGGAUAGUCAGAUCCCGAGGAGCGUGCAAGAGGUGCUCAACCAACAUCCGGAAACAACAUCGGCUCAUCUAGCCAAGACUCAGCACGUCAAUGAGACGAGCUUGCCAGGCUCGGCGCAACAAGAACCUCUGCGAAUCGAUCCAGACUACGUUCCAAACAACCUGCGCAAUAAGCCGCGGAGCCCCGACCCUCUUUCACCGCGUACUCAACCAGCGCAACCAGUCCGAACGCCGCAAGAGAGCAACACGUCCAAAAUGUCGGAAACGAUACGACGAGGCUCCGUGCCCGAUCGCAGCCCUCUGCAGAAUCUCGAGUAUUCGAGCAAAGGAGCCAAGCGAGCGCGAGUUGAAGAAGCAGAACACAGAGCAAGGCAGAACAGUCAGGCCAGGGCGAUGGGAGACGGGCCGCCGAUGCGACCAGGCACAGUGCGUAGCGAGAAGGGCAGGGUCGUUAGUGAUGGCCCGAAGAGGUCCAGUGGGUCUCAGCGAAAGGUAGACAGGAACAGGCAGGUGUCUGAGCCAUACUCUCCUGUGCAGAAAUUCCAUGAGGCCAGCCAGGCACUAAAGAUGUCGCCUGUACCGAACGAACAGCUCCAGUCUCCGAAGCAGAGACAUUCGCAGCCCGUAGCAAAUCAGCCUCGACCCUACGAUCGUAGAUCUGCUGGCGCACGUGAUGGGCAUGCAAUGAUGUCGCCCGUCUCACCAUCGUACGAAGCACCGCGAGGCUCGGUGGAUCUGAACAGGACUACCAGUGGCAAGUAUCGCGCUCGAGACGCAGGUUUUGCUGGUGCUACGGCUGCUGCUUUCACUGGGGCUACCAUUUCCAGUCAUGAUAAUGCUGCUGAGAGGGGCAAAGCUGCAUAUGAGCGACGAAAGUCUUCUAUGCAGAAUGCACCAGCACCUUCACCUGUCAGUCCAGUGACACAGGAUUCUCCCGACUGUGGCAGAAGUGGUCUUGGCGUUGGUCGCAGUGGGAGCAAGAAGCUGCAGAAACGAUCGCCUCUGGGAGAUGAGUAUGCUACCCGCAAGCAGCGCCAAGGUGACCGCACUGGUGGUCUUGGUGGUGGCAGGAAGGACCGCCAAGCGGCAGAAGCUUACCAUGAUCCUGAUCCAGUUCGACCAGCGGACGUGCAGAAUGCUCCAAACGAUCCAAUCAAGUAUGCUAUGCCGCCACAGACUGCUGCCGGACAGCACGCGAAGGAACAGGUCGCUUUUGGUGUCGCUAGCGAUCAGAAUCGCACAGUGCCAGAUGGCAGACAUCAUAAGUUCGGUGGUAUCUUCCACCAAAGUGGCCAUGAUCACCGUGGGUAUCAGGCUUCCAGUGAGCCACUUGAAGACUGGCGCCGGGCGAAGACUGCGAGACUUACAGUGGAAGAUAUGGACUUUGAGCAGACAGUCGCUGCUGGUCAGAAAGAAGAUGGGGCUUGGUGGGAGAAGAAUCGACGUCCUAGUUCCAGCGGCUCUAAGGCAGUUCCGAACAUGGCGCAGUACGACGGACCCUACGAAGAGCACGCGAAUGGCUUUCAACCCAGGCUGUUCAUGAAGUGCGGUCCUCUUCUGAGAUAUACCGGCAUCCGAAAGGAGACAGGACCCGCGCGCAGUGGAAACACAAGCGGACAAGCCGCGAAAGAAGUGUGGCGCGGCAGCGUCAUGGUUGUCACAGAAGAUGAUCAAUCUGACCUGUCUUCCACGCCGACCCUACGACUCUUUGCUCAGCCGGCUGAUUUGCAACCGCCACCUCCACAGCAUCUGCUUGAAGGCGGUCACGAAUUACCGCCCGAGUAUGAGGACCCUGUGGCUGGACAGGUCAAGCUUUCCCGGACGGGGCGAGCAUUGUUCGCGCGCCCAGUGCAAGAGCUCGACGGUGGCAUAGAUCUGAGCCGCGAAGAGAACAAUGAUGGUCUGUAUUCGGCGACCCGGCCUGCACUUUUGGGACCACAGACGAGUACAGGACCGGACGGCAGACAGAUUCAGCACAUCUCAUUUCAGGACAAGUCACGCAUCAAGAAAAGAGACGGCGAACGAGCAGGUCGCUACCGCGAUGUCAAGGCGGUACGCCUACACACCGAGCAAGGUCACACUUUCUGGCGUUUCAACAUCGAAGUCGAGCUGGCCUCUUCGCAACGCCGUAUCGCAUAUCGAAUCAACAAAGGCCCUGCGGUUGGCUUCUGGGUUCCUGCCCGUGGCGAGACGAUGAACAUCAUGUUCCACUCGUGCAACGGCUUCUCACUCUCCGUGGAUUCGAACAACUUCUCUGGACCUGAUCCUCUGUGGAGAGACGUUCUCAAUCGUCACCAAAGCAGACCAUUCCACGUCAUGCUCGGUGGAGGAGAUCAGAUCUACAAUGAUGCUGCUAUGCGGGAUACUGAGCUGUUUAGGGAAUGGCUACAGACGAAGAAUCCUGAGCACAAGCAUUCUGCCGACUUCACCCCUGAGAUGCAGGAAGAGCUUGAGCAAUUCUAUCUCGAGCGGUAUUGCAUGUGGUUCUCGCAAGGUCUGUUCAGUAUGGCAAACUCGCAGAUCCCGAUGGUGAACAUGUGGGACGACCACGACAUCAUUGACGGAUAUGGCAGCUAUCCACAUCACUUCAUGAGCACGAGGGUGUUCACCGGGCUUGGUGCAGUGGCCUACAAGUACUAUAUGCUGUUUCAGCACCAGUCGUUAUCAGCGGAGACUGAACGCGAGGAGCCAAGUUGGCUGCUAGGAAAGAGUCCCGGUCCCUACAUUAACGAGCUCAGUCGCAGCGUGUUCAUGUCGCUUGGCCGCAACGUUGCUCUUCUGGGACUGGACUGCAGAACAGAACGGAUGCGAGACGAAAUCCUGAGCCAAGAGACGUAUGACACAGUCUUUGAUCGUUGUCGUGCAGAGAUCGUCGAGGGAGAGACGAAACAUCUGUUGGUCUUGCUGGGUGUGCCGAUUGCAUAUCCGAGAUUGAACUUUCUGGAGAACAUUCUGACCAGCCGAGUCAUGGACCCGAUCAAGGCUAUCGGCCGGACAGGAAUGCUUGGUGGGUUUGUCAACAAGUUCGACGGUGGUGUUGAGAUUCUCGAUGACCUCGAUGACCAUUGGACUGCCAAGCACCACAAAGCUGAGCGAAACUGGUUUAUCCAGGAACUGCAAGAACUUGCAGCCGAGAAGAGUGUACGUAUCACUAUACUUGGUGGCGACGUUCAUCUUGGGGCGGUCGGUCAGUUCCACAGCAACAAGAAGCUCGGCAUCAGUAAAGACCGCGACCAUAGGUAUAUGCCGAACGUUGUCAGCAGCGCCAUCGUCAACACACCGCCGCCAGUGGUCAUGGCAGAUGUGUUGAACAAGCGCAACAAAGUACACCGCCUAGACGCCCAAACGGACGAAGACAUGAUACCAAUGUUCAGCCACGAUGUUGACGGAAGCAGGAGGAACAACAAUCAUCUCCUACCGAGACGGAACUUCUGUGUCAUCAGGGAAUACUUGCCCGGAUCAACACCACCUAGCACACCUGUCAGAGAGAGGAUUGAUACUGCAGGCGAUGCUACAUUUGGUGCAGAGGUCGAUGGCAUGCAUGAUGACGAGCGAAGAGACCGUCGUCACCCGCCUGGCAGCAUGAAGAGGACUAUGAGCUUGACCCGUGGGCCUGCGGCACUGGUCCGACGCUUCUCAGGAAGCUCUAAGAGAGAUCGAAACCAUCCGCCCGUGAGCCUGGCGCCAGCGCAGACCCAGCCGUACGAUGCCCAGCCUGCUAUGAAGAGAGCUAACAGUCUCGAUCAGCGGCGGGACACAUCUGGCGGUAGCUACUUCCCAGAGAACGGGGUCCAUAACGAGCGACCUUCGUUCCAGGGCGAAAGACGACCAUCGUUCCGCCGGCGACCGACGGACCUCAGUAUCAAGGAAGCCAAAAAAUCCGCUGCCAAUUUCGGCGAAGAUGGCAACCUUGAUGCGGGCCACAUUGACCUGGAGGGAGGACUAGACAUCUCUCUGUGUAUGGAGAAGAACCAACACGACCCUACCGGUACGACCAUACCCUACCGACUUCUCGUCCCUGCUCUCUGGUACGUGGGCGAAGGUGACGCCAAUACCGUGCCUGCACGAAGCAAAGUCAAGCACGCUGGGCUCAUGGAUAGGCUUAAAUGGAACCGUAACCGAGAGGCACAUGUCGACGGUGAAGACGACCACGGCGGUGCAUACCCCGGCAGCGAUCGUAGUCAUAGUCCCAGCCUACGCGAUGAGGAGAAGUUUGACCCGGUGACUGAAAGGAAUACAGCGGCGAAUGCUAUGGGGCUUACCCAAACUGGCCGUGGAGCGGUCGAGAGACAGCACUCUGGCCCAUACCCGAUCAACGGUACAGGUACAGGCCGUCAAAACGCGACUCCACGACAAGUCCGCUCCACUGGUGGCAGCGAGAUCCCUUCUCAAGGCUAUAACAUCAACACCACGGCCCCAGAACCCAUCCAGCACGCCUCCGUCGAUGCCUACAACCGUGGCUUUAACAAAGGCGGUCCACCCAUCGGUCAGCAAGCUGGACCAGGCGCAGACAACGAUCCUUACCCACAAUCUGGAUACCGUCGUACUUCCGCUCCUCAAGCUGCGGGGCCAUCGCAAGGCGAUCCCGCUGGCAACGGACAAAUGCGUCGUGGCGUGUAUGGCAAUCACGCGCAGGGGUAUGAUGGGUACGAUAGUGCAGGCAGUCUCACACCUAGUGAAGAAUAUGAUGACGAUGAGCCGCCGGUGAGGAGGGGAAGCAAGGCUGCGCAGUUGUUGGGGUUCGGUGCCGGGUUUGGGAAGAGGACUAGUAUGCAGGAGGAACGGCCAGUGGGAGGAGAGCUGGGGAGGGCUAAUACCACUGGAGGAGCCAGCAAGAAGGCGGGGUGGAAGAUCUGGAGGUAG